UUUCCCAAAGAUGGCGGCGUUCGGAAUAUUGAGUUAUGAGCACAGGCCGUUGAAAAGGUCUCGGCUCGGGCCGCCAGACGUUUAUCCACAGGACCCCAAGCAGAAAGAGGACGAGCUGACAGCACUGAAUGUUAAACAAGGCUUUAACAAUCAGCCUGCAGUAUCCGGGGAUGAACAUGGUAGCGCAAAAAAUGUAAAUUUCAAUCCUGGCAAGAUCAGCUCCUACUUCAGCAGUAUAAUCGCAGAGAAGUUACGAUGUAACACAUUUCCGGAUACAGGCAAAAGGAAGCCUCAGGUUAAUCAAAAGGAUAGUUUCUGGCUUGUCACAGCUCGUUCGCAACCUUCAAUUCAUAACUGGUUUACUGAUCUGUCUGGAACCAAACCAUUAACGCAACUUGCAAAAAAGGUGCCUAUAUUUAGUAAAAAGGAAGAAGUGUUUGGAUACCUAGCCAAAUAUUCAGUGCCAGUCAUGAGAGCUGCUUGGCUGAUAAAAAUGACAUGUGCCUAUUAUGCUGCUAUCACCGAAACAAAGAUGAAGAAACGUCAUGUCAUAGACCCUUGUAUAGAGUGGACUCAAAUCAUCACAAAGUACCUUUGGGAACAGCUACAGAAGAUUGCUGAGUCUUAUCGACUGAUGUCUUCGCAGAAUUGUGGGACACCAGUACAACCCACAGUGCCAGAAGUGGAGCAGGCCAUGAAACAGUGGGAAUAUAAUGAAAAGCUGUCUCUUUACAUGUUUCAGGACGGAAUGCUGGAUAGGCAUGAGUUCCUGACCUGGGUUCUAGAAUGCUUUGAGAAAAUCCGGCCAGGGGAGGAUGAACUCCUUAAGUUAUUGCUCCCACUGAUGUUACAGUAUUCUGGAGAGUUUGUGCAGUCUGCAUACCUAUCAAGACGCUUGGCGUACUUCUGCACCCGACGACUCUCCUUGUUGCUUGGGGAUAGUGGUAGUAAUGCCGUAACAGGAGGACACCAGACACAUGUUAUGGCAGCACCGACAGGAAAUACUUUACCUUCAACUCCAACACCACCAACUAAUGGGUCUAAUCAGCCUCAAUCUCCAUUCAUGGAUUUUUAUAUUUGCCCACAGCAUCGCCCAGUUGUGUUUGGAUUAAGCUGUAUGCUUCAGAGUAUAGUUUUGUGUUGUCCAAGUGCAUUGGUGUGGCAUUACUCGUUGACUGAUUGCAGAAAUAAGACUGGAUCUCCCCUCGAUCUUUUACCCAUAGCGCCAUCGAGUCUACCCAUGCCAGGAGGAAAUUCAACAUUUACCCAACAGGUCAGAGCUAAAGUGCGAGAAAUUGAGGAACAGAUUAAAGAACGAGGUCAGGCUGUGGAGGUCAGGUGGUCAUUCGAUAAAUGUCAAGAAACCAAUGCAGGUUUUACUAUUGGGCGUGUGUUACAUACGCUGGAGGUGCUUGACAGCCACAGUUUCGAAAAAUCAGAUUUUAAUAACUCAUUGGAUUCCUUGUACAACAGGAUAUUUGGAUCAGGGCAGAACAAAGAUGGCCAUGAGAUAUUACCAGAUGAUGAUGCUGUUAUGACGUUGCUGUGUGAAUGGGCAGUGAGCUACAAGCGUUCAGGCAGGCACCGAGCCAUGGUGGUGGCAAAGCUGCUGGAGAAGAGGCAAGCUGAAAUUGAAGCUGAGAGAUGUGGCGAAUCAGAAGUGGUAGAUGAAAAGGGGUCUGUCUCAUCUGGGUCUCUCACCAGUGCCAGCAUUCCUGUUUUCCAAGAUGUAUUGCUUCAAUUCCUGGAUACCCAAGCUCCAAUGCUGACUGACCCUGGUAGUGAAAGUGAAAAAGCUGAAUUUGCCAACUUGGUACUCCUGUUCUGUGAGCUGAUUCGCCAUGAUGUUUUCUCUCACAAUGUCUACAUGUGCACACUGAUAUCCAGAGGAGAUUUAUCCUCAGAGCAGCAUGUGCCCAGACCACGUUCACCAGUUGAUGAUGCAGCAGAAGAACAGGACCGGAAGGAACAUGAAGGAAAUAGCAGUGUAAAGCUGGAGGAUCCUGGCUUAUCAGAAAGCAUGGACAUAGACCCAAACUCCAGUGCUAUUUUUGAGGAUGUGGAAAAGAAUGACUUUAAAAGUGAAUUUAGUUCUGAUUUCUCUAUGUUUUCUCCUUCAAUGCACUGUGAAUCAAAAACUAGUCCAUCCCCAGAAAAGCCUGCCUCAGAAAAGGACAUGAAGCUGUUACAGAAAAUAAAUGAAGUGGCAUUUCCAUCACCAUAUGACCAACCAAGACAUAUACAGUAUGCCACACACUUUCCUAUUCCUCAGGAAGAAUCAGCAAGUCAUGAAUGUAAUCAGCGUCUGGUGGUUCUGUAUGGUGUUGGGAAACAGCGCGAUGAAGCUCGGCACGUAAUUAAGAAAAUAACCAAAGACAUCCUGAAGGUUUUGAACAAGAAGAGUACUGCAGAAACAGGUGGGGAAGAAGGACAGAAGCGGAAAAAAAAUAAACCAGAAGCAUUUCCGACAGCUGAGGAUAUAUUUGCAAAAUUUCAGCAUCUUUCACAUUUUGAUCAACAUCAGGUCACCUCUCAGGUGUCACGGAAUGUACUGGAGCAGAUCACUAGUUUUGCCUUAGGAAUGUCCUAUCAUCUGCCUCUUGUUCAGCAUAUUCAGUUCAUCUUUGAUCUGAUGGAGUAUUCCCUCAAUAUCAGUGGACUUAUAGAUUUUGCUAUUCAGUUGCUGAAUGAAUUGAGCGUGGUGGAAGCAGAGUUACUUUUGAAGUCAUCCAGUCUGGUUGGUAGCUACACCACGGGUUUAUGUCUUUGCAUUGUAGCAGUCCUGCGACGUUAUCACUCCUGCCUUAUCCUCAACCCUGAUCAGACAGCACAAGUGUUUGAUAGUUUAUGUGGCGUGGUAAAGCAUGGUGUUAACCCUGCAGACUGCUCCUCUGCCGAGCGUUGUAUCCUUGCCUACCUCUAUGACCUGUACACCUCCUGCAGUCAUUUAAAGAGCAAGUUUGGGGAGCUCUUUGGUGAUGCAUGUUCCAAAGUCAAGAACACCAUCUACAGUAAUAUAGAUCCUUCUGAUUCCAACAUGCUGUGGGAACCUGAAUUCAUGAUUGAUGCAAUUGAAAACCCUUCUGCCCACAACUUCAGCUACUCCAUGCUUGGUAAAAUCCUGAAUGAGAACCCAGCCAAUCGUUACAGCUUUGUUUGCAACGCACUUAUGCAUGUCUGUGUGGGACAUCACGAUCCUGAUCGUGUGAAUGACAUUGCUAUCCUGUGUGCAGAGCUGACUGCCUAUUGCAAGGCUCUCAGUGCAGAGUGGCUUGGUGUGCUCAAGGCACUGUGCUGUUCAUCUAAUAAUGGAACUUGUGGCUUCAAUGAUCUUCUCUGCAAUGUUGAUGUGAGUGAUUUAUCAUUCCAUGACUCUCUGGCUACAUUUAUAGCAAUUUUAAUAGCUAGGCAAUGUCUUUUGUUGGAGGAUCUGAUUCGUUGCGUGGCAAUUCCAUCACUCCUUAAUGCAGCAUGCAGUGAGCAAGAUUCAGAACCUGGUGCUCGGCUAACAUGCAGAAUCCUCCUUCACUUGUUUAGGACACCACAGUUGAACCCUUGUCAUCAGGACAGCAAUAAACCAACAGUUGGGAUUCGUUCAUCCUGUGACAGACAUUUGUUGGCUGCAUCACAGAACAGUAUUGUGGUUGGAGCAGUUUUUGCAGUUUUGAAAGCUAUUUUUAUGUUGGGUGAUGCUGAAUUGAAAGGCUCUGGAUUUUCACUUUCUGGUGGAAUGGAGGAACUUGCAGACGAUGAUGUAGGAGUGAAAAAAUCUGGCAGUCGGACUGUUUCAAUUGAAACAGCCAGUUUAGAUGCUUAUGCUAAAUACGUGUUAAAGAAUAUCUGUCAGCAGGAGUGGGUGGGAGAACGCUGCCUUAAGAGUUUGUGUGAGGAUAGCAGUGCUCUGCAAGAUCCAGUUUUGACAAAUAAGCAAGCUCAACGCCUCUUGCAGUUGAUAUGCUAUCCGCACCGCCAACUGGACAGUGAGGAGGGGGACAACCCACAACGUCAGAGAAUCAAACGCAUUCUGCAGAAUCUUGAUCAGUGGACAAUGAGGCAAUCCUCACUGGAACUGCAACUUAUGAUUAAACAGAGCAUCAUCAGUGAGAUGAAUUCCUUGUUGGAAAACAUUGCAAAAGCCACCAUUGAGGUAUUUCAAAAAUCAGCAGAAAUGAACUCCUCCAAUCUAAGCAGUAAUGGAAUCAUGAAUGCUGGGGUACCUAUCUUUAGCUCCAGCAGCAUAAAUGGAAAUACCACCAGCAAAAUGAAACCGUUACUUAGCUCAUCAGAGCGGACCGGUGUUUGGCUGGUGGCGCCAUUGAUUGCAAAAUUGCCAACAUCUGUCCAAGGUCAUGUACUGAAAGCAGCUGGUGAAGAAUUGGAGAAAGGUCAACAUCUAGGGUCAUCCUCACGGAAAGAACGAGACCGGCAGAAGCAGAAGAGUAUGUCUCUGCUAAGCCAACAACCGUUUCUUUCUCUGGUUUUGACUUGCCUGAAAGGGCAAGAUGAGCAAAGAGAGGGUCUUCUCACAUCCCUUUACAGUCAAGUCCAACAGAUUGUAACAAACUGGCGUGAAGAUCAGUACCAGGAUGACUGCAAAGCCAAACAGAUGAUGCAUGAAGCUCUGAAACUCCGCUUAAAUCUUGUAGGUGGGAUGUUCGAUACUGUCCAGCGUAGCACACAGGGCACCACUGAAUGGGCUGUUCUUCUCUUGGACAUAAUUAGCAGUGGAACAGUUGACAUGCAGUCCAACAAUGAGCUAUUCACUACAGUCCUGGAUAUGCUCAGUGUAUUGGUUAAUGGAACUCUGGCAGCAGACAUGUCAAGCAUCUCACAAGGCAGUAUGGAGGAGAACAAGCGAGCCUACAUGAACCUUGUAAAAAAACUCAGGAAAGAGCUUGGGGACCGACAAUCAGAAAGCUUAGAGAAGGUGAGGCAGUUGUUGCCACUUCCCAAACAAACAAGAGAUGUCAUCACUUGUGAGCCCCAAGGGUCUCUAAUUGAUACCAAAGGAAACAAGAUUGCUGGUUUUGAUUCAAUAUUCAAGAAAGAGGGGCUACAGGUCUCCACUAAACAGAAGAUUUCACCUUGGGAUGUGUUUGAAGGGAUGAAGCACUCUGCUCCUCUUUCUUGGGGCUGGUUUGGAACAGUUCGUGUUGAUCGCAAAGUGACCAAAUUUGAAGAGCAGCAUAGGCUCCUAUUGUAUCACACACACCUAAAACCAAAGCCUCGUAGUUACUAUCUGGAACCACUGCCACUCCCCCCAGAGGAGGAAGAGCCACCUGUGCCAGUCAUUCCAGAACCAGAAAAAAGCACUUCAGAACCACCAAAGCUGGAAAAACCUAACACUACUGAAGAGAAGAAAAAGAAACCACCCAGAAAGAAACGACUGCCUCAUAAUAAAUCUGAGUUGGAUUUGCCAUCCAGUGCACACAGAAUACCUGCCUAUGGUGGGGCGGUUCCUGCUGAUCUAAUCCCACAUCAGACAAGUAACCACUACACUAGACUUCCAUAUGGACAGCCUAAUGUGGGGAUAUAUGCACAGAAUCAGCCUUUACCAGCAGGUGGACCCAGGUUGGAUACAAUUCCAUACAGAUCUGUGCGGCCUUCUUUCUCUAAAAUUAUGCAGAACAGACCACCGUACAGCACAGUGAUGCCCCCUAUGGGUGGAAUGAUGGAUCCAUCACUUUACAAACCUGCCCAAUACAAACAACAAGCUCCAAUCCCACAGGGUCAAAUGCUCCGCCAGCAGCUACAUGUCAGACUGAAUUCCAGUGGAAUGUAUGGACAACAGGUACGUCAAGCAAACCCAGCUCAGCAAUAUGGACCCAUGUCACAAGCCCAGAAUAUUUCCCAAGGAUACACAAAUUAUGGAUCUCAUUUAGGGAUGCAGCCACACCCUUCGCAGACCAGAGGCAUGAUUCCUCCUGCCUAUUCAAACCAACCAUACCAGGGCAGUCACACUGCCAAUAAUCCUGCACUUGCAGAUCAGGUUCGGCAGAUGCAGCAAAGACCAAGUGGCUAUGUUCACCAGCAAGCUCCAGCUUAUGCACACUCCAUGCAAAGCACACAGAGGCUAACCCACCAACCCAUGCAACAGACACCAAUGAUGACAGGAAUUAGUCAUAUGACCCCACAGAGUGUACAUUCAACUUUGAGGACUAAUCAGUUGGAUCAGGAGCAGCAGUACCUACGUCAGCAGCAGCUCCUGAGGCAGCAACAGGUACAGCAACAACAGCAACAACAGCAGCAGCAGCAACAACAGCAACAACAACAGGUUCAGCAACAACAGCAGCAACAACAGGUUCAGCAGCAACAGCAGCAACAACAGGCUCAACCCCAACCACAGACAUUGGGUAUGCAGGCCAUCCCACCUCAGCAGUCCAUGUUCCAGCGACAAGGAAUGCAGCAGACACAGCAGCAACAACAGACAGCUGCACUGGUCAGACAGUUACAACAGCAGCUUUCAAAUUCACAGCCACAGAAGAACGCAAACCCAUACUAUUAACGCUGGAAUCUCCUGAAAUAAUUGCUCACCUCUUGGCCCAUGCCUGAUUUUGUCUGCUGUUCUCCAAAGGAAUGUCCCUGUUGUGACACAAGCUGUAGUACUGGACACAGACUGAUUUUCCUGUGGAAUUGGCUUCUUAAUUGACCAUAUCUUCAUUUACUUAAUGGGUUGCUCUCAAUGCAUGUAUAUUCAUGAUUAGAAAAAUUAUUUGUCAGCAUUAAAAAGCUGAGAGAUGCUGGUAUAUUUUUCCAAUCCUCCUCCUCCUAUUCCAUCCCCUCCUGUCCUCUUCAGUGAGGAGAUCAGAAAGGCUGAACCAUUGGACAUCUGGGCUCAGCGACAGUACUUCAGCUGAUAUGCAUUUAAUUAACAAGAUUGUCAUAGAUCUUGCACCUGAAGAGCGAUCCAGCACAAUUUGUAAACCUUGCAGGUCUGCUAGUUAUUGCCAAUGAUAGAGAUUCUUAGGAGAUUGUCUUAUUAUUGAGACUGACUCUCCCAGCAGCUGCACCAGCGCUGUGUUUUUUACACAUAUAUAUUUUUAUAUAUAUAUAUGUAAUAUAUAUAUAAAUAAAUAUAUACAUUUGUGUGUAUAUCUAUAUAUACAUAGAAAGCACUCUGUGAACAUUUAUUUUUAUUUGUUCUCAUUAAUGUUUCAUAUUGAUGCUCUUUAAAUAAAAGAACACGACAUUGCUCUAACCAUUUUUCUCUUUAUGCUUGGAAAUCACUGACCUGUUGUGGUAUGACUCGACAGGACUGUCAUCAGUUUGUUAGUUCUCCAUAUGUCCACUUUUCAUAUGUGAACCUACAAGGAAGCUGCUCAACCAUAUGCAGCAUGAUAACUAAGCUAUGAGUGCAUUUUCCAGGAUGGGUCGUUAGAUAAUGAUUAGAAGCCAGAAUAUGUGCCUUGGCAUAUCAAUAAACAGAACAAUUUUAUAAAGUUACAAAAUAAAUAUUCCAACUGUUUUGCAGAAAUAAAUGCAGAAUGGUUUUCAGAUAGGUCUUCAUUUGUCAUUUUAACACAUUCGAGAUUGAGAACUGAGCUGUAAAAAUUUGUAUGUGUACUGGGGAGAAAAUGAUGGUUCAUAAUGGAUGAAGAAUAAACUUCUGUUGCCAUUGCAUUUUUUUCUACCACAUGCUUAUAGUUGUUUCUUUGGUUAAUUUUGGGGGGGAGAACAGCAUCUCUCAGUCUUCUGAUUUGGCAGUUCUCACAAAAGGACAGUAAAUAUGAUAGUUUAUUGCUUAUGUUUGCCAUGUUCAAUGAUCUGCAUGAAUUCAGAGUGCCCAGUGAAAGUAAGACCUUUGUAAUAGAGACGAAGUAAUCUCUGAAGUACUGUUGAUGUCACUGCAUUCUUCAAGAAUGCUUUUGUAGUUCAUUUGUUGGUCCCUACCAUUCCCUAACACGACUCGCCCAGUUGAGAACAAAAUUUAUUAGUAGAGCAGGACAGCUGAAUCAACAAUUGUAUUAUUAUCCUAGUGUGGAGCUACCAAAAUUCACUCAAGGAUGAGGUUUAAUUGGGAAACUUCAGAUGUUGGCAACACCACUUUUGAAAAUUCUUAUUCGUCACCUCAAUGCAUUUCUAAUUUUCACUCUCCAAAAUAGUUCGCAGUUUGUCCACCCAGUGACUUAUCUUUUAUAUUUUUUAGAAAGGUUAUGGAUUAUAGUUUUCACUUUAUGCAAAUCUUCAAUUUUGCAUAAACUUUGGCUCAUUCCAAAGGUAUUUUUUCCAUACAAAUUUGUUUUAGAAAGUUGCGGGUACAAGAAGCACAAAGUGCAGAGCACACAAUGCUUUAACAGAAAUCUAGGGCUUAGCAUCAUGGAAGUAAACUACUGAAAUUGUGUACAUGUACAAGGGUGGGAACACAGAGAGGGAGAGAGAGGAAGAUGGCAGGAAACUCCCCCAAGUACCGUUCAUGAAGAAAUUCAUGGAAUAGGUUAUUAAUGAUGUGUAACAGCCUUCUUUCCCACACAAAUGUCUGGCAGAUAAAAGAAUUUCACACUGUACAAAAAGAAUACUUUCUGUCUUGGUUUGUGAAACUGUACCCACAUAUUAAAAAUUAUGUACAUUUUUGGUAAUUGAUUUGUUUUUUCUUUAAGAAUAUUUUGAUGUAAAGAUAAAAUUCAAAAUAGUGUAUGUAUAAAAAUUGUACAUGUGCUGUUUUUAUAUAUAUAUGUAUAUAUAUAUAAACACAAACCACGGUCAACAUGAUUGAGAUGACCAAAUGAAUCCGCAAACCUGGGUCUCUGUUCUUUUUCAUGAUGUUUUACAUGUGUUUCAUAAAUUCAUAACUGUAAA